CCUCCGGUUUCUGGGGUGAUAUUUGCUGCCUUUGCACUUUUGAGGCUGAAAUCCAGAGGCAUCCCCUUGCGAAAGUGCUUGCAAGAGGGGUGUCAAUUGCAUUAUCCAUUGAGAGGCAGGAGAUAGCAACUCACUGAUUUAACAAGAAGCAGCAGGCGAAAACCGGACUCAGCAACUCACACGCUGCAAAAUGCAUGCUUCCUAAUAUUGAAUGUACGCUUAUCUCCCCUCUAGUUUUCCUAAUCUGCUUGGUUUGCAUUCACACACACACUCCACAGUUUUCUGGGGGAGGGGAGAAACCCUUUCCUCUCCUCUCUCUUCCUCUUACACAGUUGUCACCACCGCACAGUGUGCAGAGUUUGGCAGGAAACCCACCCACCCUCCUGUGUCAGAGAGGGGGAGGAGUUGAGAGACAUUUGUGUUCUCCUGAAUUGUGCGCGUGUGUGGUGGUGGAAAAAGAGAGGGAGGGGGGUGUUCAUUAAAAGGAAAGGGGAAAUUCCACACUCACUCACACACACAAGACGAUGUCCGUGGCGUUUGCUACUCCGCGGCAGCGCGGGAAAGGUGAAAUUACACCUGCCGCCAUUCAGAAGUUACUGGAUGAAAACAACCAGCUUAUCCAAUGUAUUAUGGACUACCAGAGCAAAGGAAAAUCUGCUGAAUGUUCUCAGUACCAGCAAAUGCUUCACAGAAACUUGGUCUACUUGGCAACAAUAGCAGAUUCCAAUCAGAAUAUGCAGUCGCUGUUGCCAGCUCCUCCCUCGCAGACCAUGCCGAUGGGACCAGGGUCGAUGAAUCAGCUCCCUCACACGCACAACAUGUCGUCAGACGGCAUGGUUGGAGGGGGUGCCCCUGCCCCUCACAUGCCAAACCAGAUGAACGGGCAGAUGCCUGGGUCUAACCACAUGCCGGUGCAGGGGCCAGGCCAGGCUGGUAUGGCCAAUUCCUCGGUCAACAUGCCAACGAGUAGCCACAGCUCGAUGGGAGGCUACAGUCACUCGGUGCCAUCGUCACAAGGAAUGCCAGUGCAAACCCAAAUGAACAUGAACCAAGGGCAGUCGAUGGGGAAUUAUGGACCUCGGCCAAACAUGAACAUGCAGCCGAGCCAAGGUCCAAUGAUACACCAGCAACCUCCUGCCUCGCAGUUCAAUAUGCCUCAAGGAGGUGCACAGCAUUAUCCGAACCAGCCACCCAUGGCCAUGAUGAGUCCUGUUAACCAGGCGAAUCACAUGAUGGGGCAGAGACAGAUACCCCCAUACAGGCCAGCACAGCAAGGUCCUCUCCAACAAUUUGCAGGUCAGGAGGAGUACUACAGUGAUCAGUUCAAUCAUGGACAGGGUACCCCAGAGAGCAUGAACCAGCAGUAUUAUCCUGAUGGCAGUAAUGACUACAGUUACCAGCACCCAUCGUAUCCUGAGCAGGCCUUUGAAAGGCCUUAUGAGGAUUCCUUACAACAUUACUACGAAGGAGGUAAUCCACAGUAUGGGCAGCAGCAGGAUGCAUACCAGCAAGGACCACCACAGCAGCAGAGUUAUCCCCAGCAGCAGUACGCAGCGCAACAGGGCUACCCUCCACAACAACAAGGUUAUGGUCCUUCGCAAGGAGCUCCAGCCCAGUACACCAGCUAUCCACAGGGUCAAGGGCAGCAGUAUGGAGGGUACAGACCACCUCAACCUGGCCCGCCACAGCAACAGCAGCGACCCUAUAGCUAUGACCAGAACCUGCAAUGAACCAGCCACCGAGUAUGGAAAGGAACUUCUCAGAAGAUUGUGGCUCCUUCUGGGGUGCACCAGUCACAGAUGACUCCAUAACCAACCUUUUUCAAUAAGUUUCAGAGAUGGUGAGGAAGAUCGGAAUGGUGGCUUGCUUGGACCCUCAAGGAAGAGAAGCUUUGGUUGCUCUCCACUAGUGUGAGAGCUGGAUUAACUGAAGAAACCAACACCUCACUCCCUUCCCGCAACUGUGUAUUGUUUUCUGACAGUUAUUCAGCCCUCUUUGCCUCUGUGCAGUCUUGCAACAUUGCACAGUGGCAAGAACAUCUUGGAUAAUUUGAGGAAAGUAGACAAAAUGUCGUCUUGCAUUUGCUAGCAGUGCAGCGGGAGUGUUGGAAAACCAGCCCUCCUGUAGGGUUGUCCUGUCCACCUGAGGCAACCAACCAAAAAUUUUCCUCCUGGAGAGUUCUGCCUCGUGUGUUGAAGCCCUCUUCAGCACAUUGCGAGAUCUGGGCAUAGGACUGCUGGAUUUUCAAUCUGCCCCAUUCACCAGGCACCACGAUCUUCCCAUUUGGUCUCCUCACGACUGCACUGGGAUUGUCUCCGAGGAGCUGAGAUACUGAAGAAUCAUUGGUUGGAGAUGUGAAACUUUUGCUAGGCUAGAUGUGUUCCAGAGAGGACAAAGUCCAAAGCCUGGGGUCCAAAUGCAAACAAUUGACAAUUGUAAGACAAGAUUUUACUAAAUAUUAUUGGCAAAGCUAUAAAGGGUCAUUUUCAAAAUCAAACUGAGUGACUCCCAUGCCCGAGGGGGAGUGUGCUCAACUGUAUUUUCAUUUAUUUAUAUCAAAGGUUUUUUUAAAUAACAACAGUGUUGCUUAAAACCCUUUUGUUUCUCACACUUUGGGAAACUUUAAUUUUUAUUAGGUGGCUAAUUCCUAUAACGUUAAUGCAAAUCAAAUUUCUGCUGUGGGGAGGAAAGGGGGAUUGCAACUUGUUAGAUGCACUGAAGGAUGUCCCCCCCACCCCACUCUCAUUCCCAUUUUGCCUCCCUGCUGUUAGUGUGGGUCAGAUGGGCGACUUGCAAACCUUACUGGGGCUUGUGAUUUAGCUGUCAGUUCCUCACCCAGCUUAACCCCUCUUAGCAAGUAUGCAUUCUCCACCAAUGCAUGAUCCCGUACUUGGGCGUUGCGAGAGGAGACUUAGAAACCUUAUUUACAAUAUGUUCCAUUUUGUGCUGUGGGGGUACUUCAACCUGAGUUAAAACUUGUUAAAAUUGCUUAAAAAUAAAAGGAGUCUUGCUGAGAUUCCACAAAUCAG